GAGAGGUUUCCUGCUGGCAGUCGUUGGCUGAGCAUCAUAGUGCCUGCCAUGGCCGGCUGGAUUAGGCGCCUCCUGCACAAGCCCAAGCCCAGCUCGCUGCAGAACAGCCACUCUUCCUCCUCACCUUCCUCCUCCUCCUCUGCCAGGAGCUCCAGCUCCUCCCCCAGCACAAGUGUGACCACCAGCUCCAUCCGCCCAUCGCCCGUGUCGGUGCCGGACAUCAGCGCCUCGGACAGCCCUCGGUGGGCCAAGAGCUAUGACGUGUGCAUCUGCCACAGCGAGGGGGACCUGGGGCUGGUGGAGGAGCUGGUGUCCUACCUGGAGGCUCAGCCCGAGAGCUUGCGCUGCUUCCUGCAGCUGCGUGACGCGGCGCCUGGCAGCGCGGUGCUGACGGAGCUGUGCGAUGCCGUGCGCAGCAGCCACUGCUGGGUCAUGCUUAUCACCCCUGGCUUCCUCAGGGACCCCUGGUGCCAGUACCAGAUGCACCAGGCCUUGGCCGAAGCUCCCAUGGCCAACGGACGCACCAUCCCGGUGCUGAAGGAUGUGGAUCGCAAGGAUUAUCCCAAGGAGCUGCGGAACAUCUACUACAUCUCCAUGACGGAGAACAGCUUCAGGCAGAUCAGGGACACCAUUGUGCGCUACCUCCAGGAGUUGUGCCGGAGCUCCACGAGCAGGACGGAGUAG